AUGCGUGUAAUGCAUGAGGUAUGUUCUUUACACCCUCGUUUCUUUCCAUUUUUUUUUUCCUCUCCUGUCAUUGCCACCACGAUGCUGGAUGUGAUGCACACACAUGCAUACAUGCAAAAACAAAAGAAUAGAGUGAGCGAGACACACGCAGAGAGAGGCCUUGGACGUGGUUGCGUUAUGCUCCAUGCGUGCCUGCUCCUCUUGCGACGCCGCGGUGCCGGCAUUAUUGGUCUCCCAAAUGUUGGGAAGUCUACACUCUUCAACGCCCUUACUUGCAGUCAACAGGCGAAAACGGGCAACUUCCCAUUCUGCACGAUUAACGCAAAUCUGGCGAGGGUGCCAGUUGUGGACGAUCGACUCCGCCGACUCGCCGCCUUCGUAGGGGCGCAGAGGAUUGUGGAUGUGGAAAUUGAUCUUGCGGACGUCGCCGGUCUCAUUGAGGGCGCUUCCAAAGGGGCCGGUCUUGGAAACAAAUUUCUUGCCGACAUUCGACCAUGCACAAUCCUGCUGCAUAUGGUGCGCUGCUUUGAGAGUGCCAGGGACGGCUUUGACGCCCCAACACCGCUGGAUGACAUCAGCAUCAUUGUGAAUGAGCUUGUGCUUGCCGACCUGGAGGCGAUGGAGAAGUUACUCCACAAAAACCGUAAAACACGAAGGGCGGGUGAUGCGGCGUUGGAAUUUUGUCAACGUGUUGUGUCGUGGCUGCAGGACGGCAAACCUGUCUCAUACAUGAAGCUGAAAACAGAGGAGGAGCGGCAGUGGCUGCAGCAGUAUCAGUUGCUCUCUGCGAAACCAAUGCUGUUUGUGCUCAAUAUGGAUGAAGCAAGUGUGGUGACGGGGAACAAAUUUGCUACGCAAGUCGAAGAAAAAUUUGGUACCGAACGAACAUGUCGUGUGUCUGCUUCUUUGGAAGAGCAAACCUCUCAGUUGGCCUCGCGGGACGAGCGGCUGAUGUUCCUGCAGGAGUAUGGUAUUGACUUGCCGCGGGGCGAAUUGCUGCUGCGAAAUGCGUACCGCCUGUUGCGACUGCAGUCUUUUUUUACGGUAGGACCACUCAUGGCGCACGGGUGGACCACCAAAGUAGGCGCCACGGCAAAGGAGGCAAGUGGGGAGAUUCACUCGGACAUGGAGAAGUACUUUCGGCGCGCCAGGGUGAUGCCGUACAGUGAAUUUUUGUCCAAACCGAACCUUGAAGCGGCGGAGAUGCAGAUGG